CUUGAAUCUACGGUCCAAGAGGCGGCGGUGCGUGAAAUCACGCGAAUCGAGCGCAUUGGAGCUCAUUCUCACAUUCGCGGUCUGGGUCUAAAUGAUGAUUUGGAAGCCAGGCAAAUUUCUCAGGGUAUGGUUGGACAGUGCAAAGCACGUCGUGCUGCUGGUGUAAUUUUGGGCAUGAUUCGGGAAGGUAAAAUAGCUGGACGUGCUAUUCUGAUUGCUGGACCACCGGGGACGGGUAAGACAGCAAUUGCUAUGGGAAUGGCUCAGGCCCUGGGUCACGAUACACCCUUUACUGCAAUGGCUGGCAGUGAAAUAUUCUCCUUAGAGAUGAGCAAAACGGAAGCUCUAACGCAGGCGUUUCGAAAAGAAGAAGCGGAAAUUAUUGAGGGUGAAGUGGUCGAAAUUCUCAUUGACCGUCCUGCUACUGGCACGGGUGCUAAGGUUGGCAAACUGACUCUGAAAACUACAGAAAUGGAAACGGUCUAUGACCUGGGGCAAAAAAUGAUCGAAUCACUGAGUAAAGAAAAAGUUCAAGCUGGUGGGGAUACCGGUGAAAUUAAGGCAGAAGUCCGUGACCAGAUUAAUCACAAAGUGGCUGAGUGGCGGGAAGAAGGAAAGGCAGAAAUCGUUCCCGGGGUAAGUUUCAAUUCUGGAUGUUUUUAUCGGUCCCGGUUGCCACCCGUUCCAUCUGUUGCUAAUAGCUCGUCAAGUUUAUAUUACGUUUUCCAAACGGCUUCCCAUCAUCGUACACUGGGAUACAGAUAA